AGAAUUAUAAGCAUAGUACUAACAAGGAUAAGAGAUUACUCGAUUUACUUUACAAAAAUCUUCUGGAUGUAGAUUUUGAAGGAGUGACAGGUCGUUAUUUUUAUAACAAAACAUCUGGGGCAAGACAGAAGGACAGUUAUGUUGGAAUAUGGAACACAAAUAGGACGUUGCUCGAAAUUGGUUACUAUGAUACGAAAGAAAACAACCUGACUAUGACAGAACCCCCCGCCGUCAUAUUAAAAUCAAAAGGUGGAACAGCACCACCUGACUCUGAAAAAGAACAUAUUGUACGGAGACGUAUUAGUAAGGCUUCAAUUAUUGCACUUUCUGUAUUUGCUGGCGUAGGAAUAGUACUAGCGUUGAUAUGCAUCGUAUAUGCAGUCAUACACCACGAACACGUGUAAGUAUCAUGUCUCGAGAGAGUCUCAAAAAGCCUCAAAAAUCUCAAAAACAAGCCCAGAGUUCUGAAUAAACCAUAACAUCUCGAU